AAAAUCAUGCAAAUGAAUGGUCAAAUGAUUUGGAUACCUAUGAUUUUUUAACCAAGGAAAUGCAAGAACAACAACAACAACAACAAUUAGAAGCAAAACGACAACUGGCUCCUUUUCAACAAGCUUUAUUACAAGGACGUGCUGAACUACAAUCUAUGGUUGGUGUGCCAAUUCAUUUAAAGGAUCUUUUUUCAGAAGAUAGCCUAUGUAUGAUGUAUGAUGAUGAUGAAGAUGAUGAUGAUAGCAAUUCUACUCCUAUGACUGAUGAUGAUGAUGAUUCAACUACCAAGACAACGUUGAACGAUUUGAAUAUAGAUGAUGAUGAUUCAUUUGAUGUCAAGAAAACAGUCAAGAGAAAGACAUUAUCAAUUGCAGAUAUGUUUACAUAUGGUCAACAACAAAUACAACAUGGAUGGACUCGGCCGGUACAUGUACGAAUGCUAGUGAUUGUCAAACCAUUAUGUCUCACUCCUGAUUUUCCAGUACGACCCAAUUUCGAUUUUUAUCCAUAUCAAGUGUUUCGUACGCUUCAUCCAGAUGGAUUACAAUUCGCCACUGCCUCUUUAGAAUCACCACCUCCUCGACGUCAACCACAUCAUCAUGUUUCCAUGUCUGAAUUAUUGGAUAAUACCAUCAACAUCAAUUCUGCUAUCCUUUCCACAAAACGACCUGCUUCCUAUUGGCAUCAAGAAAAUAAGGAUGAUGAUUCAUUAUCUAGUCGGAACAACAACAAAUAUUUGGAAAAACGACGUUCAUUUUGUACUACAACUAUUCUGUCAUCCUCCCAGGCUUCAAAACCCAAUGGCUCUGCUAUCAGUUUUGUUGGUGACUCUUCUUGUGUACGAACAUCUAUGGCUUUAUUCUAUCAAGAUAAGGACUUAAAAGGUUGGACUGGACGUUUAUUGGAAUUUGAUCGACAACGAAUGACACAAGUUAAAAAUGAAUCUCUAUGCUCCAUUGAUGUGACACCAAAACCUCAGUAUUCAAGACCGUCACGUAUCACUUCCACUUGUUCUUUACCCAUUCAUUUUGACAAUCCCUCCACUGCUGUUGCUGCUACUGCUGGACAUACAACGACGGCUUCUUAUCCUCCUUCUUUAUCCAAACGAUUGAAACGAUGGUGGUUGACUCGACGAAAGAAAAAAACUUAGUUUUAU